AUUAAAUCAGUACAUAUAACUUUGCAUUUAUCAUCAGCCUACAAAGACACUUAUGGCGAAGAUCCUGUUUGGAAGUAUUACAGACGGAAUUUUGUAGGUCACAUGCCUCCUGCAACAAGGACUACAUGUGUGCGGAAAGGAAUUAUUGAAACAGGCAAUGCUUGUCCAGUGUGUAGAGAUCAGUACUUAUUUUUCAACUAUGAGAACUGUGGACUACUGCAGCAGUUUUUGGACCCAAUGACCGGGGAAUGUCUGCCUAGUAAAGUCACUGGCCUGUGUCAGAAACAACACAAAAGCCUGUUGUUUGAAGUUGCCAAGGCCCAGGAUUACGGAUAUAUAGAAAAGUAUUUCCCUCUGCGAAAAUACAACUAUUCUGAGUAUUACAAGCUAGCAGGUAUGACAAAAGAGAUGUUGAAUGCGGAGACAGAGGAGAUGACGGCAGGUGAUUGAAAGAUGUGAGAAUGCAGCAGACGAAUCAGCUUGGUCAUUGUGUGUACAGUGUAGAUACCAGUCAUUAAAUAAUCUUGUACUUA